AUGCAAGAUCUUGAGGACGUAGUUGGGAAAAUUCGUAUGAGAUUGGCAAGUUGGCAAAGUAGGGUAUUAUCUAAGGGGGCCAGACUUCUGCUUUUGAGGCAUGUCCUUUCUAGUAUGCCUCCACAUCUGUUCUCUUGUAUCAAAGCACCAGCUUCGGUUUUAAAAGUUAUCAACAGAAUCUUUAGUGAUUUCUUCUGGGGCUAUGCGGAUGGAAAGCCUAAGAGGAAAUGGAUAGCAUGGGACAAAGUUUGUAUGCCUGUUAAAGAAGGAAGAGCUAGGCUUCAUAGUCUACAUGAAGUGCAAUUAUCCUGGAAAAUUUUGACUGAAACAUCCCUUUGGUCAAAAAUUUUUAGGGCAAAAUAUAUCAAGGACAAACACAUAUCUCAAGUGGAUGCUACUAAGGGGUCAAGAUUCUGGAAGAUAGUUAUGAGUUGCAUGCCGAUGUUCUUAAAUGGUCUAGAUGGCGAGUGA